AGACAUGGGAACAACACAAGUGUCACUUACAGCAGUUGAGAACAUCCUCAUAAUGACACUGAAGUUGGAAAAACUGAUCUUACCUAGUCAUAUGGCAUGCUGCCUGUGCCAGUUUAAAAGUACCAUUGAAGUUGUCUGCAAGACAGUCAAGCUGCGUUGUGACAGUGAAUGUCUGAUAAACAGCACACGUUGCAGUGAAGAAGCAUCUCUGGGGGCCGCAGAAGGAACAUUUAUGAAGGCAUUACAAGCCCGGAAAAAGAACACCAGCACUGAGCUCACUAUUGAGCCAGAAGCUGCAUCCUCAGACAGAAGUAGUGUCAACUUGUCAACUGUCCUGAAUGAGCCUCUAGGCUUUAAUGAUGAAAGUGAUGUUAUUAGUGCACUAAAUUACGUAUUGCCCUAUUUCUCGGAGGGAAAUCUAGAAGACAUAGAAUUGACAUUAUUACCAUUGAUUAAACUGCUUUUUUCCAAGGUACCAGCCUGGGAAAACCAUCUGGCAAAGAUCCAGAGAACAGGUGUUGGGAAAAGGCUGCAAAGGGUGAACGGAGUCCUCAAGAGGCCAAGGGGCAUAAAGAAAAGGCACUUCAAAGGAAUGGAAGAUCAGAGCAUCAAGAGGAAACAAGGGGCCAAGCCAUUUAUGGAGAAUACCCCCAAAGCAAGAAGGCCCCUAAGGCCACUCUCAAAGAAGGUGGAACAACUUCUCAAGGUGCGGAGGCAAAGGAAGGUAGGGGGAGUCUCCUUCAACACAGAGCCUUUAUCCAGCAAGGAACGUAAGGCAGCAGUCUCUUCUUCCCUGAAACAAUACUCCAUGGGCAGGCCUUCUACCUCUCCUCCUUCAAAAGGCCCACCUGAAGUUAGAAUCCUUUCAAAAGACUUGUCCUACACCAUUUUUGUUUUAGAAGAUGCAAAUGCUAGAGUUAAAAAUAUGGAGGCUCCUAAAUCAGUAUCACAUUCCAGAAAAAAUUACAUCUACCAUAAAUCUCGCUCUCGAGUGGUUCACAGAAGACCAAAGGCCAAAACAAGUCGAAGGUUCAGAAAGGUCCGUAGACUGAUGCUUAGAAAUAGACCUCCUUCCUCUGCAGUGAGGAGCCUCAUAAAUUCCCCUCCUCGAGAGGCUUUUUCAUCUUCAGGAGAACUGAGUUCUCCAGGAAAUCCUUUUCAAGAAUUGUUUCCUUUUUCAGGGUCAUCUGCAAAAAACAUUACUGUACGCAAUGCUACUAUGCUAGGUGAGGCUACCCCUGAAAUCACUGCCCAUAAAGAUCCUUCCACUGCAGGUUCUGCUGUGACUGCAGACAACUUCAUGGCACCUGUUAAACAAACAAAUGAAACACAAUGGGAAUACCAGAACAUGGGCCCUGACUUACCCUCCAAGCCCCAUGGCUCCUCUCUCCCAUUGCUCUCAUCCCCGGGUGAUCAAUUUGAAACUCAGCUAAACCAGCAGCUACGGUCCCUCAUCCCCAACAACGAUGUGAGAAGGCUCAUUGCUCAUGUUAUGCGGACACUGAAACUGGACUGCUCAGAGCCCCAGGUACAACUGGCCUGUGCCAAACUCCUCUCCAGAACAGGCCUCCUAAUGAAGCUUCUCAGUGAGCACCAAGAAUUUAAGGUGUCCAAGGCAGACUGGGAUACAGACCAAUGGAAAACGGAGAACUACAUCAACGAGAGCACCGAAGUCCACAGUGAGCAAAAAGAGCAAGAGUCAAGUGAGCUCACAAAAGAAGUUCCAGGAUAUGGAUAUAACCACAAACUCAUCUUGGCAAUAUCUCUAACUGUGGUAGUGAUGAUUAUGAUUAUAAUUUUCUGUCUCAUUGAGAUUUAUGCUCAUCGAGCAACAUCAGAAGAAGACAAGGAAGGAUCCUCACGGGGCUUUUUCCGAAGUCUGCUGCAUAGGAGAUGCACAUCGGAAAGUGAAAGUCAGGAGGGCUUUUUCUGGAGAAGGUGGCCACUUUGGCUCAGGGAUAUGUAUAGGCCUCUCAAUACCACCCACAAGAGAAACAUGGUACAGAAGCUACAUGACAAGGAUUCUUCUGAUGAGGAUGAGAUUUUCAACAAAGACUCUGGGUAAAUGAUUGGGAACAAUUUCAACUUCUUAUGUAAAAUGAGGAGAUAUCAAAAGGGCAGAAAUGCAGAAUAGAAUUUCAAAUUCUCAUGAACUCCAUACUUUCUGGAGCCAUGGAGGCUGUAUGAACCCCUAAAAUUAUUAUCCUGAGAUAAUCUUUAAACCUUCAACCAAAUAUAUCACCUAAAACCUUCUUAAAACCAAACAGUGCUUUAGCUUAACUAGUAAAGAAUGUCUGCCUUGAGCGUUGUGCUCUUUUAAGGUCUACCUGUAUGGGAUCAGACUGACAACAACAACAGCAACAGCCCCCUAAGGCUUGGUCGGCAAUGAGUUUAUGUGAAAGGGGGAUGAACAACUCAGGAAAGGAGGGUAAGAAUGGUUGCACAGCUCGAAGAAGGAAAUCAAUGUCACUGAAUUGUACAUGUAGAAAAUGUCGAUUUGGUAUAUGUUUUGCUGUGUAUAUUCUCAACAACAACAAAAUAAAUAAAUUUUUCUAAAAAAGAAAAAAUAAUAGAAUGAGGAGGUAAUGAAUAGUUUAAUUGCUCCUUUCAAGAAUAAGAGCCAUUGACAUUGUUCUUCUUAUCCCAGGGAGGCCAGUGAAGUCACAACAGAGAAAGCUGAGCCUACAGAGACUACUACAGAGGCCGGUGAGGAGAGUGAAAUGCUUGAAGUCAAGACCACAGUGUGAGCCCCAUCCUGCCUCAGGCUACCGCAAAUUUUGUUUUCUGAUCUUGGCUUCUCGGCAUUGCUUGCAUUAAAAUAUAUAAAUUCUAUAACCAAUUCUAGCCAUGUGGUAAGGAAUUGAAAUAUAAAUAUUAAAUAUUGACAUAAAAGCAACAGGGUGUUGAUCAAGGGCCAUAGGCAAGAAAAGCAGGGCUGAAACUAGCUAGAAUCCCUCAUGGUAGCCAUUCCAUAAGAGUCCAUGUGGGCAAAGAAGGAGAAAUACGGGCUUCACUCUCCUGUUUCCCCAAUAUAAUCCAUCCCAGGGAAAUGGAAAACAUAUCAGCCACAAGGGGCAUAGAUUAUUAAAUCAAGUACCCAUUUAUUCUGGCUCUCUCUCCUCUGUGCUUCAUUCAAGCCUGAGUUCAC